AUGCUAAACUAAAAUUUUAAUCUAAGUGAUAAGCAGAUGGAAAAAACCUAAUUAAAUACACCCUAAUAAACAGAUGUCAAAUUAAAUUAGACUGGAAUCCACCAACGAACAGAUAGAUAAAAAAAGGAAGAAACCAAAAAAUAGUUAUUUGCAUUUGGACAUUAAUAAGCAUAAAGCGAAUUAAAAUAAGAUGAAUUUUAAAACCAAAAUAAAGCUUAAAAUGAAUAUGUUAACAUAUCAUAAUACUUAGAAUAAUAAUUAGAAAGGUACAAAAUAAUUGAAACCCAAAUCACACAUCAAAAAGACAAGGGAGUUGUCAAACGCAUUAUGUCAUCUAUUGAAACUUAGUUGGAUAAAUUAAAAUUUAAUACUUUGGAUCCAAUCACUGUUAAUAAUAGUAAAUUUGGAGAAAUUAGUUUGAUUGAAGAGUAGAAUCAAACUGAUGAGUCUUUCUAUUCCAAUUCUAAGAUACAAGCUCAUCUUAAAGAAAUAUAUAAAUUUUAUUCAAAGAUAUCCUAUGUUCGUGGCCCUUCUGAUGAUUUCAAUAGAAUUAAUCAUGAAUCAAAUACAAUGUCAGAGGGCAAAUUCAUCAUUUUCUGUAGACAAUUUGGAUUGUUGGAAAAGAGGAUUCAUCACAUCAAGACAUAAUCUAAAAUAGAUGAAACUAGCAAAUUAUCAAACAAUAUUCUGCCUCCCAAUUCUAAUAUUCUUAUUAAAAAUACUAUUCAUAACGAUAAUAAUGUGAAGGCUAAGUAUUUAUCUUUCAAAGAAUUAAAUAACUUAUUCAGAAGAGUAAACAAAAAUUAAAACGAAGUUACUUACAUGAGUUUUUUACAAUUAUUACAAGAGCUUUCAUAAUUAAUGUUCGAUAAAGAACCUAAAAUAGCCGAGAAUUUACUCUAUAAAUUCAUGAAAGUAGAUACUUAAGAAUUUCGAAAAUAAUUCAAAUCUCUCUACAUUCCUUUCAAUAGUAAGGAUCAACCAGGUUUUCGUAAACCUGAAGGUCUAUCUUGUUAAAGAUAUGAAAAUCAUUCAACAGAUUAACUUAAAUCAAAAAGACUAUUAAUAGACGACUGGAAAAAAAGUAAAUAGGAAUAGUUGAGAGAGAAAUUAAUAGUUCAAACUAAUUAGUCUAGAUCCAGAUCAACUCUAUUUGAACCAUUAUAUGUGAAAACAAGCAGCUAUAAAGAAAGAAAACUAAGAAAAGAUGGGUUAUAUGCUAACUCUCAUUAAAUUGUGAAUUGGGAAAAGUUGGACUCAUUAGAUCCAAAACUAAUUUUACUUGAUGAAUUCAAACCUGCUGAUUUAAUUUAAGAGGACGAGGAUAAUGAAGAUAAAUAUUACCUCAAAAGCUAUGAUUUAUCUAGAUCUGACAAAAAAAGUGAUCACAAACCAUUGUCGACUGAAAAAAGAGUGCCAGGUUUUAAAAUGAAAACGGAAACUACAAAUAGAAGGACUUAGAUCUCAACUAAAAUCGAUAGUAGGAUUGAACAAAACUAGGCUUAUUUUAGACUUCCAAAAUUGAGAAAUAAAUGA